CUCCCUCUGCAGGGGACCAGAGACCCAACGGACUUCUAGGGUCCAGAGGCGAGGAGAGAAGGGGACGGGGCGGGGGGAGCGGGGCCCGGGCUUCCGCAGGUGACGGUCCCGGGUCUGCGCUCCUCGCUGCCGGCGGCGCUCGGGGACCGGGUCUGCGGGGCGGGGGUCACGGCGGUGCCGGGGCUUUUCCUAGAGGGGGUGGGGAUGCUGAGUCACGGAUCUGUCACAGCUCUUCACCUCUCCCCAGCCCUCCGGGGGCUAAAGCAAAAGCGAAAGCGAAUGCGACUCGCGGGGCGGCCAGUGCGGGGAGCUACGCCGGCCGCCUCCUACGGGACCCUCGCGCAUCCGCGGGCGCGGGCGGCGGGGUGGCUCGGCCGCUGCGAGCCCGGGAGGUGGCCGGCGGGAGCGUCCGGCCAUGGCCCGGCGGCGGCUCCGGGGCUGCCGGGUCAGCGCCCUCCCCGCGCUGCUGCUGCUGCUGCUGCUCCGGCCGCCGGUGACUCCGGGUAUCACAUGCCCUACUCCCACGUCUGUUGAACAUGCGGACAUCCGGGUCAAGAGUUACAACCUGAGCUCCAAGGAGCGGUAUAUUUGUAACUCUGGUUUCAAGCGUAAAGCCGGGACGUCCAGCCUGACUGAGUGUGUGCUUAACAAGACCACGAACCUUGCCCACUGGACAACUCCCAAUCUCAAGUGCAUCAGAGACCCCUCCCUGACUCGCCAAAGGCCACCCUCCACAGUAGUGCCGGCAGGGGUGACCCCAGAGCCACAGAGCCCCUCCCCUUCUGGAAAAGAGCCAGCUUCCACUUCCAAGUCAGACACCACAGUGGCCACAAAGCCAGCUAUUACCCCAGGCUCCAGGCUGAUGCCAUCAAAAUCUCCUUCUGCAGCCACCACAGGGGUAGUCAGUCAUGAGCCCUCCCAGGCCCCAUCUCAGACAACAGCCUUGGAACACACUCCCUCCGUCGCCUCGCGAGAGACGCCAGGUGUACAUCAGUAUAGUUCCAGAGUUGUGACUGCGGCCGUCUCCAUACCUGUCGCCCUCCUUUUUGGAUGUGCGGUAUUUCUUCUGGUACGUUGCAGAAUAUCAAGGCCAACUCCCCAGACAGCCAGUGUUGAAAUGGAAAACAUGGAAGAUGCGCCAAUGACCAGGGGAACCAGCAGCAGAGAAGAGGACACAUAAACCAUCCACAUGACCAAGGAAACUCCAGGGGACAACCGAGGCCAGCAAAGGCUGGGGCGAAGGCACCAACCCUGCUCUAGCCAAAGAGGACCGAGAAAAGACUCAAGGAGUUGGGCGCCAGGGAACAGCCCACAAGGCUGAUAAGACGUCCUGGAAUCAUUUUAUCAACUGUGCCCAGCCUGGGCACCGCCUGCAUGAGCAGGGUUUCCAGGCUCGGGAUGGAUGCUGGCUGCCUGCCCUGCCUGCCUUCCGCAGGCGCAGGGCUCAGUUCCCAAAGUCACAGCACAUGAAGCUUUCCCAGGAGAGGCUGAAGGCCCCAAGUCUUCCCAUCAGGGCUCUUAUUUCAUUAUGACAUCAAUUCUGGAUAGCUUAUCUGCUUGACUAUCCCUUCCACGCCUUAUCCUGACUUACAGUUGACAAAGAAAAGAAAUGUACCUGAGGCUUUAAGUGAACUACGAGGCUCCUCCUGGCUUGGGAGAUGUCCACAAGGAUGACACCAGCAUUUCAGCUCCUAAAAACACUCUGCAGUUAGGUGCUCUGCCUGCAUUCAAAGGGAGCAAAGAGAUAUUGCGCCCAUGAAUCCUCUUGAUGUAAGGAUUCAGAAAGAAGAAAACUGAACUCUGACGUUUCUCUGUAGACAUGCAUUUAUAUUUAUACUUCCUUGUCUAUUGUAUCUACAUAUUAUAUGAUUUAUAUUUUGAAUUGUGCCUUGUAUAAACAAAAUAAAAUGUCUAUUUUCAAUAUAAAAAAA